CAACAGCAACAAAUAUUGGUGGGCUGAGGCUCCCGACGCAGAUUACAAGGUAAGAAGAGAAUCCCUUCUCUCCCGCCGCAGGGCUGCCGGAAUCCCCCAAAUUACUCACCACAAAUUAAAUUCAAUGGCCGCCUCAGCAGCGGCGAGGGCCAUCCUCAUCUCACGCGCCGCCGACUUCUCCCUUAAACCCACCUUCCUCCCCCCUCAGUCCCCUCUCUCCCACCACCACCUCCUCAUCCGCCCCUUGCUCCCCGCAUCUCCCAAAAAACGCUCCCCAAUCAGCUGCCUCAUCUCCGGCGUCGACGGCGGCGGCGUCUCCGACGAAUUCGUCUCCACCAGGAAAUCAGGUUUCGGGCGCGAAUUCUCCGUCAUAGCUAAUUUGCUGAAGAGGAUUGAGCCUCUCGACAAUUCCGUCAUUUCCAAGGGGGUUUCCGAUUCCGCCAAGGAUUCAAUGAAGCAGACGAUUUCUACGAUGCUUGGACUUUUGCCCUCCGAUCAGUUCACCGUCACCGUUACCGUUUCCAAGCACCCACUCGAUCGCCUCAUAGUCUCUUCUAUCGCCACCGGGUAUACGUUGUGGAAUGCGGAAUAUCGAAUAUCACUGAUGAGGAAUUUCGAUAUAUCGCUACAUAGUUCGAAAAGCUCCAUUGUUUGCAAUAACGAUGGCACCUCUGAGGUGAGGUGGGAGGCAAGUGACAGUGGGGGAGGUGAAAAAGAUUUUAAUGGUGGAGUUGAAGGCUCUGCAGAAGAAUCGAAAAACACGAAUACUCAAACUUUUGAGGAUUUGUCACCAGAAGCAUUAAAUUAUAUUCAGCAAUUAAAAUCGGAGUUGUCCGCCGCUAAACAGGAGCUUCAUGCCCAGAAACAGGAAAGUUUGGAAAUGGAGCAUAUCAGAAAUAGUAAUAACAAUCUGCUGGAGUACUUAAGAUCGUUGGAAUCAGAUAUGGUAGCCGAGCUAUCCAGACCAUCAUCGCCUGAAGUGGAGGAAAUCAUCCAUGAACUUUCUCAAAACAUACUACGAAGAUUUUUCAAAGACGAAACCACGUCCGAUUAUGAGGGUGACUUGGCUGUAAGCAGUAUACAGAACUAUCAAGAAACGGACAAGGAAUAUAGUGAUACAAUUGGCACUUCAAGGGAUUAUUUGGCCAAGCUGCUUUUCUGGUGCAUGCUAAUGGGGCAUCAUCUAAGAGGGUUGGAGAACAGAUUGCAUCUGAGUUGUGCGGUUGGUUUGUUAUAAGUAUAAAAAGGGUGAUGUAUAUUUCUUCUUUUUUUAUCUUUGUAUACAUUCUUAUUUUCCAAUUUAUAGAAACGUAUCUAUUCACGUAAUCCAAA